UUCUUUUUCUUUUUCUCUUCCUACAUAAAACCAUAACUGUAAACUGGCCUCCAAAGAUUAGAAAUUCCAAAGACACAGGGCUUGAACAUGAUAAAUCUUUUGGCUUUAUGUCUCGUUUUCACUUCUCUUUUAACUGCAGAAGUAUACUCUCCGUCCCCAACAACCCCGAAACAACAAGACAACCAGAAAAAAGAAGAUGUCAUUGUUAAAGAAGGCCAUAGAGUUGUAGUUGUCGAGACUUAUGACGAAGGUGGCCAACAUAACACCAAAGUUUCAAUCUCACCCCCGCAGGAUCCUAUCUCCGCCGCGCAAGAUGGGAAAUUUCCAUCUGGGUUCGUUGAUAACACUAAAGGAAAGAUCAAACACGCAGCGGAUGUGCUUCCAAAUAUAGGCCAAGGCAUUUCUUCAGGUUAUCGUCAUCAUGAUCAAGAUAAAUUGGAAUCAGGCCACGGAGUGCAUGGCCCUGGAGAGCUUAUUUGUGAUGCUUUUGGGAAAUGUACGCAUAAGUUUGCUAAAGUUAUUGGUAAAGCUAAAGAUCAGGUUUCUGAAAAGGCACAUGAAGCAGUUUCUCUUAUGAAAGAGGAAGCUCAUGAGGUUAAAGGAGUAGCACAAGAAAUGAUUCAUAAAAAGAAAAGGAUGGAACACCAAGCUGAAGAGAAAGUGCAUGAUGCAUAUGAGAAAGCCAAGGACAUGGCAUCGCAGAAAGCUCAUGAAGCGAAAGAAGUGGUAGAAGAUGCAUAUGAGAAAACUAAAGAAUCUGCUGCUCGGAAAGCACAAGAUGUUAAAGAAUGUGCAAAAGAAUCAUCAAGUAAAGCUGAAGAAACAGCGAAAUCCGCAAAAGAUUUAGGGAAGACGAUUGGAAGCCAUAUAGCAGCAAAUGUAUCAGAGCAAUUUGAGAACGUGAAAGCAGGCACACAGGAAACAAGAGAGAGAGUUCGCAGGUCUUUUAGCCAUGGAGUUGGGUAUAUGGGUUCAACAGAAGGAGUUAAAUCUUUGAUGGGCGUGAUCAAUUUGUUGGGUUUUGCUACGGCCUACGGGAUGAGUGUUUGGGUUACAUUCAUUUCAAGCUAUGUUUUGGCUAAUGCUUUGACAAGGCACCAGUUUGGGGUGGUGCAGAGCAAGAUAUAUCCUGUCUAUUUCAGGGCUAUGGCUUACUCUAUUGGGGUGGCUCUGUUGGGGCAUCUGGUUGGGCACAGAAAUUUGGCCUUUAGUAGAAAGGCUGAAAUGUUUCAGGUUUUUAAUCUUAUUGCAUCGAUUUCAGCAGUGUUGACCAAUGCCAUCUAUUUGGAGCCUUUAGCUACUAAGGUGAUGUUUGAGAAACUAAAGAUUGAAAAGGAAGAAGGCAGAGGAAGAGAAAACCUAGCUGCUGAAUCAAAUAAGGGAGAGCAGGAGCAGCUUCUUAGAGAUGUCCCAGCAGCCACAGCCGCAGGUGCAGCUGAAGCCACCACAGCAACGAGAGAGAAUACAGAGCAACAGGAAACGAAAUCAAGAAUGGUUAGACUGAACGAGAGGCUCAAUUCCUGUUCAUCCUUCUUGAACGUAGUAACCCUGAUGAGUCUCACUUGGCACUUGGUCUACCUAAGCCAGUGCCUGAAGUGUUAAAAGAGCAGACAGAUGAGAACUGGCGACAGGCUUUUGGUGUUUAUUUGGUGGGGUUGCUCUCAUCUGUCACUUUGAUGUAUGCUUUGUGCUUUUUUAGUGGGGUGGCUCUCAUCGAUCACUUUUAUGUAUGUUUUGUGCUUUUUUAUAUUAGGAUUUGGUUUAGAACUAGAAAUCUACAGGCAACGUAGCAAGGAGAAGAAAGUAGGAUUCAGGUGUACAAAUAAAAUGAAGGGUAUUUAUGUCA